CAGAAUUAAUACAGGAAGUAUCUGCGUGAAUUUAACGGCUCAUUUAGCUAACACAUGCAUGUACAUAAAAUAAUGAUUAAUAUUAAAUGGCAUAUGAGCACGUGAGUAAUCCCUGGCUCACGUGACCAACACUUUAGUCAUGGCCGACGACUACAGACGACAAGGUGUCGAGUUGGAGAGAAGGAUAUUCGAGUUAGACAUCAAGUGUUCAAGUCUCAGAGCUGAAAAGCAAGAUGAUGACUACUUACAGAAUGCGUCUGCCAUACUAGACAAGUUGAAAAGCUUUUACAGACAAGGAGGGGAGAGUAGCAACCUUUCCAAGCUGCUUCAGGAUUACACACAGGUAAUUCUAGACAUCACUUUUUAUGAAGAGAAUAAACUGGUGGACCAGGAGUUCCCUGAGGACUGUUCACCAUUUAAAAUCCAGCAGCUGCUGCAAGACCUGACCGAGCCAGAAGUUUUGGCAGCAAGGUUAACGCCAACGCAAGAGGUGCAGUCUGUGUUGGGCCUAGAGCUGUUAGAAUGCCUCUACUGGAGACGCGGAGCUCUGCUGUACAUGUACUGCCAUACCCUUCAUCAGCGGAAACAGUGGAUCAAGAAAAACAAGGACACAUUCCUUAAGUGUAUUCAGGAAGGCGUGCGCUACCUGAUGCGAAUGCUGCAGGUGAGAAACUCUGUGAAGCUCAACGAUGGGGUGGUGCUCCAUGACACCGCUACAGCAAGUAUCCUAUCUGAAGGCAUCUUUUCAGACACGCACCUGUUGACGAUGAUGUACAUUGGGGAGAUGUGCUUCUGGGCAGUCAAGUACGAAGACUGCAGCGCUGACACUAUGGAUCGUAAAGAAGAUCGCCUCCAGUUUCGGGACAUUGGCACUCAGAUCCUCAACAAAUAUGUGCUUGCCUGUGAGGGCCCUCUGCAAGGCCAGGGCUGGAACACAGAGAAUGCCAAGGAAAUCCUUAGUAUUUUACAGUGAACCAAGCUGCUCCUCUGUCGAUGUUGCCCUCGGGCACAGAUCUAAGUUCAGUAUUCUAAUGUGUCAAUCCCAAAUAAAAAACGGAACCCAUCAGAUGGGGUGUAAUGUUGUGGAAGGUUAUGGGUGAGGCACGGGGAGAAAAUGUAGGUGAAGCAAGAGUCUUUGGAUCAGUGUCUAUAGGCAACCUAAUCUUAUGCCAAAUGGCCCAGGCCAAAGCAGGUGAAUGAGAAGUUAGAAAGUAAAAGACUGGCUGUGUAAGACAGAGACUGCAUCAGAGGCUGUUGAAUAAUUAUUUGCCCUGUCCUGCUGAAAGAGCAGUUAUCAUCCUGUUUCCAGACUGUUGACUGGGGCAUUUGUUUUGCUCUAAGAAUGUGUUAUAAUAACAUUGAUAUUAAUAAAAAGAGGUUAUUAAUUAAAGAUAAUUGACCUUUUUUCAUUUUUAAGAUUGUUACAAGUUUAAAGAUAAUCCAGCUGGAAAUGAGACAUUGCACAUUAACAUUUUAUUUAUUGUUUUGUUGCCAUUUUGUUAUGCUUUUAAUAUAUUAUAAUAGCAUAUACAUAUGUAUGUAUGUGUGUAUAAAAUAUACGCACAAAACAGCAAAGAAAGGUGUUCAAAACUGUUUGACAAAAAUGUAUUCAUGACCAAUUUGAAGUAUGUUCAAGUUUGUUCAUACCAGCUUUGUAAUGCCACUUGUAUUUUCAUCUGUUGCAAGUUCCUUUUUUUCUGCCACUUGCAUAACAUUGAUAGUGUAACUAUUAAUAGAGAAUCUGUGUUGUUUGGACAAAAAUCAUUUUCUGUUUUUUAUGUCCUUGUUGACAAUAAACACGUGCUUUGUUUUAAGAAAAACAAAACAUUGCAACACA